UGUAGUAAAUAAUGUUUCCUUUUAGCUAGUUUAUAUUUAUAUAUUUUUGUACAUAUUAUUCAACAUCUUAAAUGCAAAUUGACAACAUUGAAUACAUUGAGGGGGAAAUUUAAUGUUAACUAGGAAAACAAGAGAAAUAAAAGCAAAGGUAUCAUAUUAUGUAAUUGAGGCGGCACAUAGUCGUAGUAGUAGUGCUGUUUGUUGUGUGUCUUCAUCUUUACUGAGACGGCUGGAGGCCUGUUUUGCUUCUGCCUGUUCUGCAAACAAGGAGCAAGCAUGCAGCAGGCGUGGAAACAUGUGCUGGUGGCUGACUCGUCACUUGACGGCUCGUAGGUUAACAGUGGUGCGUGGGGUUGAGGCACAUCACACUGGCCUUCCUGCAGCCUCUACUUCCAUUCUGCCAGCCAGACAUUCCUCCACUGAAGCUGGUCCUCUCUCAGGGGUCAGGAUUGUUGACUUGACCCGGAUAUUGGCAGGACCAUUUGCCACAAUGGUCCUCAGUGACAUGGGAGCUGAGGUCAUCAAGGUGGAGCGGCCUGGCUCUGGGGAUGACACACGCACCUGGGGCCCUCCCUUCCUGGGCACAGAGAGCUGCUACUUCCUGAGUGUCAAUCGUAACAAGAAGAGUGUGGCAGUGGAUCUGAAGCAGCCAGAUGGAGUGCAGGUGAUCCAAGACCUGGUCCGUUGCAGUGAUGUGCUUGUGGAGAACUUUGUUCCUGGGGCGCUGGAUCGCCUAGGUUUAGGGUACAGUGACUUGCAGACACUUGCUCCACACUUGAUCUACUGCUCCAUCUCAGGUUAUGGCACAUCAGGCCCAUACAAGAGCCGUCCUGGGUAUGAUGUGAUGGCUGCUUCCUUUGGGGGUCUGGUUGGGGUGACAGGAGCUGGAGAUGGGGAACCCUGCAAAGUUGGGGUAGCCAUGACUGAUUUGGCCACUGGAUUAUAUGCUCAUGGGGCCAUUAUGGCAGCCCUGCUUGAGAGGCAGAAGACAGACCGUGGCCAAAAGAUUGACUGCAACUUGUUGUCUACUCAGGUAUCUUGUAUGGUAAACCUUGCUUCAAACUAUCUCAAUGGAGGCAGGGAAGCCUGUCGCUGGGGCACUGCCCAUGAGAGUAUUGUACCUUACCAGGCCUUCCCAACUGCUGAUGGCCACAUCACCAUUGCUGCUGGGAGCAAUGACCAGUUCUCUGCCCUGUGCCGAGUCUUAGGCCUGCCUAAACUACAGACAGAUGAACGCUACUCCACUAAUGCACAACGCGUGGAGCAUCGGGAGUCUCUCCUGGCAACUCUCACUGCAGCCUUUAGGAAGCAUUCCACUGAAGAAUGGCUGGCAGUGUUGGAGGGCUGCCCUUUCCCUUAUGCUCCCAUCAACAGUCUCUCCCAGGUGUUCUCUGACCCACAAGUGGUUCACAGUGGGCUGGUGGAGGAGGUGCAGCAUCCAGGUGUGGGUACAGUAAAACAGGUGGGACCUGCAGUCACCUUCAGUGCCUCUCAAAAUAAGGUGCGGGCAGCACCGCCACUCCUCGGGCAGCACACCUACCAGGUUCUCACUGAGGUGCUGGGCUACACUCACCACCAGGUGGAGGAGUUGAGGAGGCAGGGAGUGGUUAACUAAUACCCACCAGUUAUUUAGUGGAUGAGAAUAAUUGUGAUAGUAAAGAUAUGUUCUUGUAUUAAUGAGAAGUGUGAUUUCUAAGUCAGUCUUUUAAAUGACUUAUUUUUAUACCACUUUAGAUAUAUCAUUACACAAAUAUAAGAGUUAAUGUAUGCCAUUGUAUAGUUAAGCAUCCACUGUAAUUAGAUGUCUCAAUUCUAUUUAUCAGUAAACUUUUUUUAAUGAAAGUGCA